AUGCGGCUUGUUGCCCAUGCAGGAAGCUGUUACGUCCGUUAUCAUGCAAAUGCACCAGCUUUUUACCAUGUGAGCAAAUUGCCACCCAGCUUCACGCAGAAGCCUUUCCUUCAUGUUGGGCAGGCCUCAUUUCCGCGAAGGAACUUGUCCCUCUCCUCGAGGGAUCCAAUCAUAAUCUCCGAUGACCGCCAGACCAUCACAUUGCGUUUGAAGAACAACGAGAAAAUCACGCAGAAGAUUUCGCCCACUCCGAAAGCAAACUGUGACAAGCUUGCAAAUGCCCUUGCCUCGUUACUUUCAACGCCAGAGACCCCCAAGACGGGAGAUCUUUCGCUGAAGCACUCGCCGGGCUUGUCAUUUGGCACGCCACAAUGGCAACUCGAUCCUCUAGGCGAUGCGAUACAUCGGCACACGGCUCAUCCUUCGGCCAGGGAGUGUGAACAGGUGGAAGAGCUGAUCAUGAGCGAAGCUGAGAGAAUGAACCACCAUCCACAUAUCACUCGUGGAACAAUUGAUGGAGAAAAUAAAUACAUGACCAUUACAUGUACAUCCCAUAGCCCUCGAGGUCUGAGCAUUCGAGAUACCAGACUGGCCAACAAGAUCAACGCGACCCUCGAUGCGUUCAACGUCACCGAACCCAUGAGUCCAGACGACACGCGAGAUCUGGAUGAGGUCAAGAAACACUUUGCCGCACACCGCGAACGGAUGAUUGCCCUCAACCGACAGCAAAUCUCCGAAGCCCUAGAAAGCUGCUCCUGCGGUUCGGCCAAAAUCAUGUCUCCAACUUCCUCGCAAACUUCGGCCCCAUGA